AUGCGUGUUGGGCUUAGUUGUGACCGUCAAGUCCUGCUGCACGCUGCUGGCAACAGUUCCCUCGAAGCUUCGCACGGGUUCACAGGCCAAAGAAGCGCAUUUACUACUACAUCAUUCAGGUGGGUUGAGUCGUUCAUGGACGUCUGGGAAUGCGCAGUGCGCCGUGAGGCACUUUGCGAUCAUGGACCGCUGACACCGCAGCAACUGCAGGCUGCUCCCAGCACCCGUGCUCUCAGGGGCUACCCAACGCCAGCUUUCAAUUCUGCCAUUGUGGAGGCCAGAUUGAAGGGAGAAGGGCGUUCACCGAAGGCACUUCUCAGCCUCGCCUCAUUCUGGUUUUGGCGGCGCAGUGGAAACGUGUGGACGUGCGAUUCAGAGGCAAUUAUGUACAUGCUGAAGCAGCUGCAAAGGAGUCCCGACAAGGCUGCUGAGUCGGGUUUUUGUGAGUGA